AUGCACUGCAGCAAUACGACAAUUAGCAUAUGUACUUCAGCUGACCAAGUUGACGAAUAUCUGAAGUUGGGUGCAAGUACGGCAAGAGAAUGUCUUACCUACUUUGUUAACGGGGUGACAGCUCAAUUCUCGAACGAUUACCUAAGAAGGCCCACGGAUGAAGAUCUUCACCGUCUUCUAAGUGAAGGAGAACGUCGUGGAUUUCCUGGGAUGAUAGGAAGCAUUGAUUGCAUGCAUUGGCAGUGGAAGAAUUGUCCAGUUGGAUGGAAAGGAAUGUACCAAGGUAGAUCUCGAACAGCUACUAUCAUUUUAGAAGUCGUUGCUUCUAGAGAUCUUUGGAUUUGGCAUGCAUUUUUUGGGAUACCUGGGUCGUGCAACGAUAUCAACGUACUACAACGUUCUCCUGUGUUUGAUGAUAUUCUUAAUGGUCGAGCUCCAAACGUCACUUAUACAGUCAAUGGAAACACCUAUCAUAUGGCAUACUAUCUCACGGACGGGAUAUAUCCAAAGUGGGCAGCAUUUGUUGAUGCCAUAACCGCUCCUCAAACUCCUAAACAAACGAUGUUCACCCAGCGACAAGAGAGUGCUAGAAAAGAUGUGGAGCGUGCCUUUGGGUGUUACAAGCUCGAUUUGCAAUAUACGUCAACCAGCACUAGCAUGGAGUAUCGACCUACUAUGGAAAAUCAUUAUGACAUGUAUUAUCAUGCAUAA